GCCCCGUCCGGUGGGGCGACUAGCCGCAUGGAGGCCGGUUGAGGAGCGCCGCCCCGCCUCGGCUUCACUCAUCGGUGCCAGGAGCCGCUACCCAGCCAUGGAGGGGGAGGAGGAGCAGGGCCAGCCACCUCAGGAGGCCGACAUGGAACCUGUUGUGGGGGCUUCAGAGGUGGUGCCCAGGGUGCUUUCUGGAGAAUCCCAGAACCUGUCCGACGCGGACGCGCUGACCCUGCUCCUGGAGAUGAAGCUGAGGAGGCGGCGAGAGCGGCCCAGCCUGCCGCGCACGGUGACCGAGCUGGUGGCUGAGGAUGGGAGCAGGGUGUACGUGGUGGGCACCGCCCACUUCAGUGACGACAGCAAGAAGGACGUGGUGAAGACCAUCCGGGAAGUGCAGCCCGACGUGGUGGUGGUGGAGCUCUGCCAGUACCGUGUGUCCAUGCUGAAGAUGGACGAGAGCACGCUGCUCCAGGAGGCCAAGGAGCUCAGCCUGGAGAAGCUGCAGCAAGCCGUGAGGCAGAACGGCGUCAUGUCGGGACUCAUGCAGAUGUUGCUGCUGAAAGUGUCGGCCCACAUCACCGAGCAGCUGGGCAUGGCUCCUGGUGGCGAGUUCAGGGAGGCCUUCAAGGAGGCCAGCAAGGUGCCUUUCUGCAAGUUCCACCUGGGCGACCGGCCCAUCCCCGUCACCUUCAAGAGGGCCAUCGCGGCGCUGUCCUUCUGGCAGAAAGUGAAGCUGGCCUGGGGCCUGUGCUUCCUGUCAGACCCCAUCAGCAAGGAUGACGUGGAGCGCUGCAAGCAGAAGGACCUGCUCGAGCAGAUGAUGGCCGAGAUGAUCGGCGAGUUUCCCGACCUGCACCGCACCAUCGUCUCGGAGCGUGACGUCUACCUGACCUACAUGCUGAGGCAGGCCGCCCGGCGCCUCGAGCUGCCACGCUCCUCCGACGCUGAGCCCAGGAAGUGCGUCCCUUCCGUCGUGGUGGGUGUCGUGGGCAUGGGCCACGUCCCGGGCAUCGAGAAGAACUGGACCACAGACCUCAACAUCCAGGAGAUCAUGACCGUGCCCCCGCCGUCCGUCUCCGGCAGAGUGUCCCGGCUGGCCGUGAAGGCUGCCUUCUUGGGCCUGCUGGGCUAUGGCCUCUACUGGAUGGGACGCCGCGCCACCAGCCUGGUCCUGUCACUGCCUGUCACUCAGUACUGUCUGCAGAGGGCAUCCACGGCCCGGCCGCACAAAUAGGAAGGACGAACACCGCGGCGGCGGCUCCCGAGUUGCAGCAGCUGAGAGGCACUGGGGCCGGCCCCCCCCCCCCGACCCCGAGGAGCUCUGGGCGCCACCCCCCGUGGGGGUCCAGGCCCAGCCACGCCUGCCCUCCCCCAACCCGCCCAAAUAAAGAAUUAUUUAACUGCUCUGAGCUCAGGCUUCCCAGCAGCCCUGCCCCCACCCCAUCCCCAACCCUGCAGGGACCACUCCUGGGGUUCACGGGGUUCACGGGCAUCAGGACGAGCUGGUGGGGGAGGGGCCGAGGUGGGCACAGCCAGCCCUCCCCUACCUCACUGUGCCUUGUCAUGCGCUGGCGGCGGAGCCCCGGCCCGGGACCGACUC